CACAGCAGGAAACCACAUAAGCAACACUACUGAUAGAUCGAUCGUGGGCUCGUGGCCACACCAUUAAUCCCUCCAUCGAGCCAGCGCCGUCGCCAUCCCACAUUUAUCGCCGUCCGGCCGAUCGUGGCGACCGCAUAAGUACCACACCAGCGCCGGGUAGUUAGCUAGGGAGCGAGCGAAAAAAAUCAUGGCUUCUCCUACCUCAGUCCACUGGCUGAGCCUGGUGGGGAGCGUCUGGCUGCAGACAAUCAACGGCCCCAACUCCGACUUCCCCGUCUACUCGUCGCAGCUCAAGGACGUCAAGGGCAUCUCCCAGGUGCAGCUCAACUUCCUCGCCUUCGCCUCCGAUGCCGGGAAGCUCCUCGGCUGGCUUGCCGGGGUCGCCGCGCUCUACGUCCCGCUCUGGGCGGUCGCCCUCGUCGGCGCCGCCUUCGGGCUCGUCGGCUACGGCGUGCAGUUCCUGUUCUUGGAGAGCCCCCGCCUGGCCUACUGGCACCUGUUCGCGCUCACCGCGCUUGCCGGCAACGGCAUCUGCUGGAUCAACACCGUCUGCUACCUCCUCUGCAUCAACAACUUCCCCUCCGACAGCCGCGUCGCCGUCAGCCUCGCCACCAGCUACCUCGGCCUCAGCGCCAAGUUCUACACCACCAUGUCCGACACGCUCCCGGACCUCGGCUACUCCAGCGCCAAGAAGUACCUCCUCCUCAAUGCCGUCGUGCCCAUGCUCAUCACACUCCUCGUCGUGCCGUCGCUCCGGGUGGUGAAGCCCGGGAGCGGUAAGAGGACCGACGUCGGGUUCCUCGCGAUGUUCGCCAUCACCCUCGCCACGGGCGCCUGCGCCGUCGUGGGCAGCAUCGGCUCCAAGUCCCUCGGGCUCUCGUCCAAAGAGCACAUGAUCAGCCUCUACGUGAUGCUCGCCGUCCCGCUGCUCAUCCCCGUGGUGCUCAGGGUCCGGGAGAGCAUGGCCAAGAUACGGGAGGCGGCCAUGUGGGAGAACAGAGUGCACGACCUCUGCUCCGACGAGUCGGUGGUGGAGAUGGAGGUGGAUGUCCCAAGCAAGGAGGAGGAGGUGGUGGAGAAGGAGCAGGGCGUCGAGCUCGAACACGGAGAAGGUCAGGGAGAAGAAGUCGGUGGCCUCCGGUUGCUACGGAGGUUCGACUUCUGGCUGUAUUUCUUCAGCUACAUGUUCAGUGGCACGUUGGGUCUGGUCUUCCUCAACAACCUGGGGCAGAUCGCCGAGUCCCGCAGGCUCAGCGACCCGUCCACCCUCGUCUCCCUCUCGUCCUCCUUUGGAUUCUUCGGACGACUCCUUCCCGCCUUCUUGGACUACUACACUGCAAAGAGCGGCUACUCCAUAUCGAGGACAGCCUCCAUGGCGGCGCUGAUGGCCCCGAUGGCCGGCGCCUUCUUCCUGAUGCUGCACCCGCUGGACAUGCUCCUGUACACCAGCACGGCAGUGAUCGGGACGUGCACUGGCGCCAUCACCUCCGUGGCGGUGUCGGCGACGAGCGAGCUGUUCGGCACCAAGAACUUCGGCGUGAACCACAACGUGCUGGUGGCCAACAUCCCCGUGGGAUCGCUCUGCUUCGGCUAUCUCGCCGGCCUCCUCUACCAGCGGGAGGCGGGCGGGUCAGGCAACCGCUGCAUCGGCGCCGCCUGCUACCGGGACACCUUCCUCCUCUGGGGCCUCACCUGCGCCGUCGGGACGGGGCUGUGCACCGCCCUGUACGCGCGCUGCGCCAAGAGGACCCACGGCGAUAAGAAGGGACCAGAAGUUUCUGGCGCAGGAUCGACUGUAGUAUAGGUGCCACAUGAUCAAGUGAGAAUAAGAGAAAAAAAUAUCUAUAGCUUAGGUGAUGUAGCAUUUUCUUGUUUGCCUUUUUCUUUCUUUCUUUUCUUAGAGAGAGAUUUAUUUUGUUAGUUUCCUGACUGAACUUUUCUGUGAUCCCCUGGAGGAUCGGAGGAUCUGCGGAGCUCGACGCAUGUAAAAUGAACAGAGCACAUACAUACAUACAUAUAUAUCCCACAUAACACUGGAUGCUGA